AUGGUAACCACUGCUGCUGCAUGUCUCCCAAUAGCUCCAAUUUCUGACACCUCUGGUAGAACACCGGGAAAGAUUGCAGGAGGGAUCCCUGCAAGUGUUGAUGCUCGUGGAACAAGCAUUAAGUCAAGAUCCGCAUCGUCAGGAAGAUGUCGGGUUAAAGCUAAUGCACAAGCUAUACCCAAGGUUAAUGGGACCAAGGUAGGAACUCUGGAUGGCCUUAAGACUGAGGAUGAGGUGCCUGUGUCUAUGUCACCUCCCCCAAGGACGUUUAUCAACCAGUUGCCUGACUGGAGCAUGCUCCUUGCUGCCAUUACUACAAUAUUUUUGGCAGCAGAAAAGCAAUGGAUGAUGCUUGAUUGGAAGCCGAAACGGACAGAUAUGCUUGUUGAUCCUUUUGGGUUGGGGAGGAUUGUGCAGGAUGGUUUGGUAUUUCGUCAAAAUUUUAGUAUAAGGUCAUAUGAGAUAGGGGCUGAUCGAACAGCUUCGGUAGAGACACUGAUGAAUCAUUUGCAGGAAACAGCCCUAAACCACGUAAAAAAUGCUGGACUACUUGCUGAUGGCUUUGGUUCAACACCGGAGAUGUGCAAACGAAAUUUGAUUUGGGUAGUUACUAAAAUGCAAGUUCUUGUUGAUCGUUAUCCUACAUGGGGUGAUGUUGUUCAGGUAGAUACUUGGGUGGCUGCAUCUGGGAAGAAUGGUAUGCGCAGAGAUUGGCUAGUGCGUGAUAGUCGUACAGGAGACAUAUUAACUAGAGCUUCAAGUCUGUGGGUAAUGAUGAAUAAAGAAACGAGGAGGUUAUCUAAAAUUCCAGAUGAAGUUCGAGAAGAAAUUGGUGGCUAUUUUGUGGAUUCUCCUCCCACUGUAGAUGACGAUAACAGGAAGCUGCCAAAACUUGACGACAGUACUGUGGAUUAUAUCCGUUCUGGCUUGACUCCUAGAUGGAGUGAUUUAGAUGUCAAUCAACAUGUGAAUAAUGUGAAAUAUGUUGGUUGGAUUCUUGAGAGUGCUCCACUACCUAUCUUAGAGACCCACGAGCUUGCUGGUAUGACUCUGGAGUACAGGAGGGAGUGCAUGAGGGACAGUGUGCUGCAGUCCCUCACCUCCAUAGUGGGUAAGGAUAAUAAUUGUGCUGUUGACUCGGGAAAUGGUGGUGUCGAGUGCCAGCAUUUGCUUCGAUUCGAGGGUGGUGCUGAGAUCGUCAAGGGCAGGACUGUGUGGAGGCCCAAAUAUCCCCACACUGCUGCUUAG